CAAACCAACCAGACUGGUGGCCCCACAACCCAGUGGAACAUAUGGUUCUGGAACGCAGUUCUGCCCGAGUUGAGGACCAAUGAGCAUGCCAGUUCGCAUGCCUGUUCGCAUGCCUGUUCGCAGUGUUGUUCGCCAACAGACAACCAAUGGACACCGCCGUUUCUCGGAACUGAGUUCCCGAACUGGCAAUUCGGAACCAUACGCUCCACGCCCAGAAUUCUCCCGAACCAAGUCCCAACUAACCGCUGGCGUACGUACGAGAGGGGUUGUCCCAACACGAACUGUACAGGACAGUACAGUCACCAGAGCGGUGGUUCAGGUCAGGUCUUCCCAGGUCAGUCAGCCAGAGCCUCACAUCCCCUCCCCUCCCCUUCCCCUCUGCCUUGUCACAUUUCCGACUGCUGUGCUGCGCGGCAGAGUGCGCGAACUCAGCAAUUAUCUUCGGGUGCCUAGAAAAGCUGGACAUAGACGUCUAAUAUUAGCCGGCAGUAGCCAAUUGCAUUUCCAAGACGAGGCAGGGAAUCGUGAUAUUAGCCAGAUUGGUUACGAUUGCGUCGAUCGGCUCUGAUUCUUCGUAUUUUUCUUUACACUGUGCAGUGCACUCUGCAGCGAAAGAAGAGAAAAACGGCGUGAGCUAACAACUCGGGAGUCGCGGAGAGACGAUCACGCAAUUAUUGGAGCGAACACGAGGUCGGCAAACCAUGUCGUUUCGGAAGCACCCCAACGACCCUAUCAUCCAUCCCAUGCUACCCGGCGGCAUGGGGCCACGCGGGGGAAGCGGGGGGCUCGACUCAGCGCUAGCAGCCGCGUCAGCCGUCGCAGCCGCCGCAGCAGCAGGCGGAACAGCAUCCCCCAACCAUCCUCCGCUCCGCCCUCCUCCCGGCGCCCCCUCCCCCGACCAGCGCCCCCACCCUUACGCCCCUCCGCGCGUCUUCCCCGUUUCCCCAGCCAACCCCGCGCCCCCCGCGGCUGCUGGAGCUGAUGCGGAGGCAGCGGCUGCAGCUGCGGCGGCGGCUGUAGCAGCGAAGGUGUUCCGCCCUGGUGGCGGAACGCCGUCCCCGCCUGUGUCCGCGGGACGGGCGCAGCUGGCCGCGGCGAAGCAGCAGCAGGCGGUGCAGGAGCUGUUGCGCCAGCAGCAGCAGCAGGCGCAGGCGCACCCGCACCCGCAGCAGCAGCAGCAGGUGCAGGUGCAGAAGCCAGCCCAGAUUCACCAGGAGCUAGAGCAGCAGCUGAACCAGCUGUCGGUUCAACAGAGGCAUGUGCAGUCUCCUGAUCAGCCGCGGUCGCCACUGCAGCAACCACAGCAGCAGCCGCAGAGGGGAGCGCUUGACCUGGGUGCGCUGAGAGGAAGGCUGGCCGCUGCUGAGGAGAGAGCAAUCGGUGGCGAGAAGGAGCGACGGCGGUCGCUGGAAAGGGUGGGCGCAGCAUUCGCGUCCCCCUCCCUGUCUGCCAGCGCGCGCUCUGACCCAGGCACCAUCGGGGGGGAUGCUGGUGGGGAGGGGAACGGCAAGGAGCUGCGCGAGCUGAAGGAGCGGCUCGAGGCGGCGGAGGAGCGAGCCUCGGAUGCAUCGCUGGAGUGCAAGAGGCUGUUUCAGGAGCGCAACCAGCUCAGGCAGCAACUGGCCGCGCAGCAAGCCCUGCUGGCCGACGCAAAGCAGCAUCAGGAAGCCGCUGCAGCAGCAGCGGUGGCGAAACUAGCCUCUGGUGGUUCUGGUGGUCUGGAGGGGGAGAGAACGAAGGAGGAGCACAGGAAGCAGAUUAAGGCGAUGGAAGAGGCGAUGAGGGAGAAGGAGAGACAUGUGAGGGAGCUCGACGAGAAGGUUAAAGUGCUGGAGGGGAGGUUGGCAGAGAUAGAGGAGAGGAGGGGGAAGGAGGCGGAGGAGUGGGUGUUGCAGCAGGAGAAAGGGUUGAAGGACGAAGAGAGGGUGAGGGAAGAGCAAGAGAGGAAGGCGAAGGAGCAGGAGGGGAGGAUUCGAGAGCAGGAGGGGAGGAUUGAGGAGCAAGAAAGCAGGAUCGGGAAGCAGCAGGAUAUUAUAGACGAGCUAGAAGAGACUAUUGACUCCCAGGAAGCGCGGAUUAAAGCCCAGGAGGAGGCUUUAAGUGAGAAGGAGAGAACGAUUGAGGAGCAGGGGGGGAGGAUAGUGAGUCUGGGAGGCAAACUGGAGGAAGUGCAGGGGAGGAUGACUGAGAUGGAGUUAGAAGGGAGGAAGAAGGAGAGUGUGGGGGGGAUAAGAGAGGAGGAGUAUAGGGGGUUGGAGAGGAGGGUGCUGGAGAGAGAGGAGAGGCUAUUCGUGAGGGAGGAGAGAGUGAUGGAGAGGGAGGAGAGGGUGAGUGCGAGGGAGGAGCGGGUGGCGGAGAGGGAGGAGAGGGCGAGGCGGAAGGAGCAGGAGGAGGAAGGGCAGCGGGUUGUUUCGAGCCAAGCGGUUGCGAGGGAGAAGGACACCCUGGCAGCUCUGACGAAGCAGGUGGAGCAGUGGAAGGCAGAGGCAGAGGCGCACAAGGCAGCAAGCGCCAAGUGGGAGGAAUCUUUCAACAAGGUUCAGCAGGAAAUACAGACACUGAGAUCCACAGAGGAGAAAGCAGCCGCAGCAGCAGCAGCAGCCGCCGCCAGCAGCAAGGGGAGCGAGCAGCAGCUGCAGCAAGCCCUGGAGCAGUUGAAGCAGCUGCAGAACCUGCAGCAGCAGGCGCAGCAGCAGGCAGAGGAAUGGAAAGAGAAGGAGGCAGCGCGGGAGCAGGAGAUGCUAGAGAAGGAAGUGGAGGUGCGGAGGGCACGAGUGGAAGCCGAGGGAGUCAGGAAAGAGAUGGAGAGGAUGGCGGUUGAGCGAGAGCAGGAGAAGGAGGAGAGGGAGAAGGAGAAGGCUGCUCUGAUGAGUAAGGUACCGUCGUUUGGGAGGGAGAGAGAGCAGCAGGAGUGGAGGAGGAAGGAGGAGGAGUGGAGGAGGAGGGAGGCGGAAUGGGAGGAGAAGGAGCGGGGGUUGGUGGAGGUGGCGGUUGAGGGGGAGGAGGAGGCGGAGAAGCUACGGGGGCAGCUGGAGGGGAUGAGGGUGGAGGUGGAGGAGUGGAGGGGCAGGGCACGGGCGCUUCAGGCUGAGGUGGAUGCUGCCAAGAAGGCUGCACAGGCGGCACAGAGUGGGAGCGUUGCUAAGGAGGUGCUGCAGCAGGAGCAGCAGCUGCGGCAGCAGGCUCAGGACAAGGCGGAGUGCCUGGCAGUGAAGGUGGCGUCUCUGCAGGAGGAGCGGCAGCAGGCGGAGCAGCAGCGGGCGGAACUGGAGAGGAAGGUGGCAGAGCAGCAGGGCAACAUACACAAGCUGCAGAGCUUUGCUGCUGAGACCGCUUCGUCCUCCAAGGCCCAAGUCGCCAAGGGACAGGAAGAGAUCGCUCAACUGCGCACACAACUGGCGAGGGCUGCUCAAGCGGCACUGGCGUCGAGGCAGAGCAGCAGCAGCGAGGCGGACAGGAGGGUGGCUGAGACCAAGGCGCAGCUGGCAGCAGUCCAGGAGAAGCACCAGAGGGCGGCGGAGGAGGUGAAGAGGCUGCAAGAGGCAGCAGAAGCAGAGAAGAACAAGGCGCGAGCAGCAGUGGCUCAGCAGCAGCAGCUGCAAUCCCGUAUCGCAACGGACGUGGCUGCAUGGACGGAUGCCACCAACCGGCUGCAGCAGCAGGUGGACAAGCUAAUGAACGACACACGUGCGCUGGAAGCCUCCGUGGCUGCAGUGGAGGCCGUGGACAGGUGGACCAAUCACAGGGUGAAGCUCAUGCAGCAGCCGCAGGGGUUCACGUGCUCUGCGUGCCGGUCGUACGGCUCGGGGCUGUCGUGGCGGUGUUUGGCUCCCCACUGCCCGGACGCGUUUCAUGUGCAGUGCUUCGGCAUGAGAUAGACGAGAAUGCGCAGUGGACUUAUUUAUGUGUUAAGGUUCCUCUUUUGUGUGUGCUUUGCAUCCUUUUGUUGGACAAUAUUGCAGCACGUGCCAGACCUGACACGAAUUCAAAUCCUGUGGGAUGCGUUUGCUGAAAAACUGCUGGCUGGCCAUCUGUUGACAGCAGUUGGUGUUUUUGCCACUAACCACUGAGUUAAAAGGGCUUCAAAGAUCCGUGGUUAAGUACCGUAUUCUCCCGGAUACAGUACCCGCCGGAAUUAAGCUCCCAUGGGUGGCUUGAGCGGGUAUGGGUGUUUAAUUAAACUGGAUCUAGUUACCACCCUACUUUUGGGCUUGAAAACAAUUGAACACCAACCGCCACUUAGAAUCAUUAUUUCGACAGGGAACAACAGAAUUUGCCGUGCAUAGUUGCGUGCGUAAAAGUGAGGGCGAAUGGGGGAAACGAGCUGGUGGUCAACCCGAAUGUGUCGAAACGGAUAAAAAAAAAUGUCGAAACCUCGAAAACCAAAUCGUUCUUUCUGGACUCUCGCGCUCUCCCGCCAAAACAAACCUCCGCUGUCGCCCACUGAUUGGAGGCAGUAAGGACGAGGCCUGCAGCACUCUGUUGGGCUGAGAAAAGCCCUUGGGAUCUUUCCAGAGACUAAGUCCCAGUUGUAAAAGACUUGAGUAGUGCAGCGGAAGUUGAGU